AGCAAGACACAAGUAACGUAAACAACAAAAUUACUGAACUUUUCUCCAUUCGAACGAAAAUUGAGAAAAAUUAUAUUUUAUCACAUUUACUCGCUUUGGUGUCGGAUUUUCAGUGAUUUAAGUUGCAAAGUUUUAAGUGUACUUGUCGAAAAUGAUCACAAAUGCUUUAGAUGAGAUGGAAAAGUCCGUUGAAUCGGCAAAUAUGCAGAUUUCGAAUUUGUCACAAAAAUUGAUUCAAGUUGAACGAACGUUGCCGGAGGAUUUAGAAGAACAAGCAACUGUGAUGGAAUUACUUGAAUCUGUGACCGAAGUCAAACACGACUACGAAAACUUGCGCAAAGAUCUCAAGGAAGUGCAGCAACUACAACGUGAGAUGACCCAUUCGUUACGCUACCAACUCCGAUCGAUGAGUCAAACGUUCGAGAUUUUAAAGAAGAAAAUCGAGGCAAAUCCCGCACAAUAUUCCAAUGCCUUGCAACAACAUCAACACCACGUAAACCAAACAAAUUCCCAAAUUCAAGCCAACUCAAAAAUACAUUGAGGGCAUGUAAAUGAAUCUUGCUUUGUGUAUCGUGUUAGUUCUAUGCCUUCCUUCUUGACUUUCUUUAAUCAUUAUGAUCGUUUUUACUAGAAUAGACGCCAGAUGUCGCUAUAUUUUCUUAAAAUCCAUUUUUUUACGAAUCUAUAUUUUAUGCUAUUUUUGAUAAGAAAAAAAAAUAAGUACCUUAUAUUAAAUAUUAAAUGAUAUAAUUGUUUACAUAAUUUGUCGUUAAACUAAAAAAAAAGACAAGCCUACUCGAUACAAGUACGGCACACAAAUCACACGACACUAAACACAAUAACAAUAAUAAUAUAUCACACAAAAAAAACUAUUUCCUAUACAUUUUUACUACUUAAUUAUACAAAAUAUACAAAUAUUUACACUUUUUCGUACACAUUCGACAUAUUUGGUGUUAUAAUGUUAAAAAUAAUAUUAAAAAUAUAAUUUUACAUAUUUAAGUGUCAUGCGAAAUUGUAAAAUUUUUUUAGUUUUAGAAAAUUGAAUGAUGCUUUUAUACACUUUUUAACACAAUUUUGUCACAUUAAUAUAGUCUAUAGUUGAUGAGAAAGAGAAACGAGACUCGAAAUGCGAAUUUUUUGAUGUUUAAUUAUUAUUUUUAAAAUUAAUUAUAAUUUUUGUACA